AGCUGAAUAUAAAGACGAUGGCAGCACCGCAAACUCCACAUCUCCAAGAGUAUCGGAAAUCUUCACAGACACAGACAUGCUUUUCUCUGCACUUCUUGUGCUGGGCAUCUGCCUGAUUCCUGUCCAUUCCACACCUGCAGGAGAACAUCUUGGCAGCCCUCUCCUUCAGCAGUGUUUCGAGGAGGCAAAGAAAGUCGUUGAUGAUGCCUACAAGUACUCCAGAGAAGAGAGUCUGAGACGAGUCCGCAGGGAGAUGGUGCGUCCUCACGAUGCUCUUCGUCUCCUCAAGCAGCCUCGUGGUGAGACGCGCUCAGCUGUGAGAUCCGCAGACUACAUGGCACAAACCCUCCGUCUGCUGCACGAGAGGGUUCAUCAUGUGCACAAACGCUCACUCAAUGCAACAGAUUUGCUUACCCCAGAGGAUCUGAGAACGCUUGCUGAUAUAUCUGGUUGUUCGGCUCGGGUCAGUCUUCCAUCAUGCCGCACAACGCCAAACCUUAACGAGUAUCGCACAGCCACCAGCGUCUGCAACAACCUGAAUGACCCUCGCCGCGGAGCCUCAAACACCCCCUUCAGCCGCUGGCUACCUGCCGAAUAUGAAGACGGCAUCUCUCAACCAAGAGGCUGGAACAAAAACCGAACGUUCAACAACUUCAUGCUCCCAUUGGUGCGACAGGUGUCCAACAACAUCCUAAACACAACAGACGCAGGCGUCGUCAACGACACAGAAUACACUCACAUGGUGACCCUGUUUGGUCAGUGGAACGACCACGAUCUCACCUUCACGCCCUUCUCCCCCAGCAUCCGGUCCUUCAGCAAUGGGAUCAACUGUGACGAGAGCUGUGAUAGAACUGAGCCGUGCAUCCCCAUCGCGAUUCCUCUGGGCGACCCCCGCUUGCCCUCGGGCCCAGACAGCUGCAUCCCUGCAUUCAGAUCCGCGCCUGUUUGCGGGACGGGAAACUCUGCCUACAACUUUGGUGGAGAGCCCAACAAGAGGGAGCAGAUCAACGCCCUGACAGCCUUCCUGGAUCUCGGCCAAGUCUACGGCUCUGAUGAGAAGCUUGCCCUGUUUCUUCGCGACCUCGAAAAUGAUGGCGGCCUCCUGCGUGUGAAUACAGAGUUCAGGGACAACAGCCGUGAGCUGCUGCCCUUUAACCCCCUCCAGGCCAACAUGUGUGCCACCCGCAAAAGAAUCACCAACGACACCACCGUCCGAGAGGUGCCCUGUUUCAUUGCAGGCGACGUCCGCGUGGACGAGAACAUCGCUCUGACGUCCAUUCACACGCUGUUCAUGCGUGAGCAUAACCGCCUGGCUCGUUUACUGAAGAGACUAAACCCUCAAUGGGACAGUGAGACACUCUACCAAGAGGCCCGCAAGAUCAUGGGUGCUUACACACAGGUGUUUGUGUUCAGGGACUAUCUGCCUCACAUUGUGGGUGUCGACGCGAUGCGCAGACAGCUCGGCCGUUACCCCGGCUACAAUGCUAACGUGGACCCCAGCAUCUCCAACGUCUUUGCAACAGCAGCUUACCGCUUCGCCCACUUGGCCAUCCAGCCAUUCUUAGCCCGUCUGGAUGCAAAUUACAGGGAGGACCCUCGUUUCCCCAGCGUCCCCUUGUUCAAGGCCUUCUUCACGCCCUGGAGGGUCGUCUUUGAGGGUGGCAUUGACCCCCUGCUCCGGGGUUUGAUCGGCCGUCCUGCUAAACUGAACACUCAGGAUCACAUGAUGGUGGACGCUCUGAGAGAGAAGCUGUUCCAGUUUGUGAUGCAUCUGGCUUUGGACUUGGGCUCUCUCAACAUGGAGAGGGGCCGUGACCACGGAUUGCCUGGUUACAACGCCUGGCGCAAGUUAUGUGGCCUGUCUCAGCCCAGUAAUCAGGCGCAGCUCGCUCAGGUCUUGAACAACAACGACCUGGCUCGCAGGCUGCUGCAGCUCUAUGGUACGGCCGACAACAUCGACAUCUGGAUGGGAGGCGUGGCGGAGCCGUUCGUCCGUGGCGGCCGUGUGGGGCCUCUGUUCUCCUGCCUCAUCGCAACACAGUUCCAGAGGAUCCGCCAGGGGGACAGGCUGUGGUACGAGAACCCGGGCGUCUUCACCCAGGCUCAGAGAUCUGCUCUGUCCAGGGCCUCCAUAUCCAGCAUCAUCUGUGACAACACCGGUAUCACGUCUGUCCCCACUGACGCCUUCAGCGUCCUCUCUAACAGGAACCGGCUCGUGCGCUGCUCCAGACUCCGAAGCCUGAACCUCUCAGCCUGGAGGGAGAGAGCGUGCACAGGCCCGGGUGGUAACUGUAAGGAAGUCAGUCAAAAUGAGACUGUGAACCAGAUGAACGAGCAGAACCAGGAGAACCAGCCAGAUCAGCAGGACCUCAGGGAGCUCAAGGCCCUCCUGGACAACGAGGUCCAAUAGGACCACCAGGCCCUCCUGGAAAGCUAAUACUCAACUCCAAUGCUACACAGCCCCAAUCUGCAUUUUCUGUCCUUCUGGGUGAUUACAACCCAUCCUCAGAGAAAAUCA